AUGAGGGUGCUCUGCCUGCUCUUUGCUGUGCUCCUGCUUUUUUCCUUGGCCACCCCAGGGCAGGGACAGUCCAAGAGCUCCUGUGACGGGUACUGCUCCUACUUGUGUGGCAAAACCGACGAGUGGACCUUCAGCCCCUCCUGUGGGAAGAUGUACUGCUGCAUCCCCUCACCCAAAAAGGGAAAAUGA